AUGUCGACUGCGGAUCACGAGGUUGAGGUUGCUCGCCCUCCAACCUACAAUGACACCGUUCCUGUUGAGCAGCAGGUCGUCCUGAACGAAAAGGCCAACAUGGACAUGGACAAGGAAAACCUCUCCAUGACCCCCGAUGGUGGUGAACCCACCGAGGAUGAGAAGCGCUCUCUGCGUCACAUUGCCGAGAACCUGCCCGUCUCGGCCUGGCUGGUGGCCAUUGUCGAGCUGUGCGAGCGUUUCACUUACUACGGCAUGUCUGGUCUGUUCCAGAACUAUGUCCUGCGUCCUCUGGAUGGUAGCCAGGGCCGUGGUGCUCUUGGUAUGGGUCACCAGGGUGCUACUGGUCUGACCACUUUCUUCCAGUUCUGGUGCUAUGUCACUCCCAUCAUUGGUGCCAUUGUCGCUGAUCAGUACCUGGGCAAGUACAAGACUAUCGUCCUGUUCUGCAUUGUCUACCUUGUCGGUCUCCUGAUUCUGGUCUGCACUUCGAUCCCCUCUGCUCUGGAGCACGGUGCCGGUAUGGGUGGUUUCAUCGUUGCCAUCUUGGUCAUUGGUCUCGGUACCGGUGGUAUCAAGAGUAACGUUGCCCCUCUGAUUGCCGACCAGUACAAGCGGAAGAAGAUGGCUCUCCUGACCACCAAGAAGGGCGAGCGCGUCAUCAUUGACCCCGCGUUGACUAUCCAGCGUAUCUACAUGAUCUUCUACGGCUGUAUCAACCUGGGCUCCCUCUCUCUGCUCGCGACUCCCUACAUGGAGAAGUACAUUGGCUUCUGGUCCGGCUACCUGCUCUGCCUGUGCAUGUUCGCCGCGGGCUCCAUCAUCACCGACGCCUUCAAGGCUCUCUGGAUGAUGAUCAAGAACCGCAACAUGGACGCUCCCAAGCCCAGCUGGCAGCUCGAGCACCGCGGUGUCGAGUCCUCGCUCCCCUGGGACGACCACUUCAUCGACGAGCUCAAGCGCGCCCUCGUCGCCUGCCGUGUCUUCGCCUUUUACCCCAUCUACUGGGUCGUCUACGGCCAGUUCUCUGGUAACUUCGUCACUCAGGCCGGCCAGAUGCAGGGCCACGGCAUCCCCAACGACCUGAUGCAGAACUUCGACCCAAUCUCCAUCAUCAUCUUCAUCCCCCUGCUCGAGACAAUCGUCUACCCGCUCAUGCGCCGCCUGAAGAUCCCCUUCCGCCCCAUCACCCGUAUCUCCCUGGGCUUCAUCGUCGCCUCCCUGGCCAUGAUGUACGCCGCCAUCGUGCAGCACCUGAUCUACUCGGCGGGUCCCUGCUACGGAAGCCCGCUCUGCGCGGCCUCGGAGAUCGACGGCACCGCCUACGGCAACAACGUGCACAUCGCCAUCCAGACCCCCGCGUACAUGUUCAUCGGUAUCUCGGAGAUUUUCGCCUCCGUCUCCGGCCUCGAGUACGCCUACACCAAGGCGCCCCCCUCCAUGAAGUCUUUCGUCCAGUCCAUGUACCUCCUUACCAACGCCUUUGGCUCCGCCCUUGCCGAGGCCCUUACCCCGGCCGCCUUCGACCCGGCCAUCAUGUGGAUGUUCGUCGGUCUGGCUUGCGCUUCGUUCCUGUGCGGUGUCAUCUUCUUCGCUAUCUUCCGCCACUUGAACGCCAUGGAGGAUGACAUGAAUGCCCUGGACGCGGAUGACCCCAUGCCCGAGGCUCCCCGUGAGGAGGCCCGUCGUGUUUCCCACGCCCAGCAGUAG